AUGUCAUAUUACAUUACCAUCCACCACGGCUCAGGUGUGGAUGAGAGCCCUGAAAACAUGUGGAUCAAUAUCUCCUUCACCGUCAAGGACCAUUUUUACCUUCGCACUGACGGAGCCUUGAUUUGCUUCAUGAUUGAACGUAUUCGGGAGAGGAAGUUCCAAGUUACUCCUGAGCCCAUGGAUCGACAAGCUCGGUGGUGUAUCUCGAUACCAGUCUCCAAAUCGCAUAAGACCGUGGACGGUGCUGUUGCCGACGCUCUACAACUGGCGGAGUGGUAUAAGGUCCAAAUCCUCAAUGGGAAUGCAACUAUCAACCGCAAACUGCUAUUUGAUCGGAAGCCCUUUGAUGAAGGUAAGGAAUGCUGUAGAGAUAAUGUGUGCGAUCGGAUACUACAUCCUGAGUGGUGGGAAGAUACUUGUAAAGAGUCUAAAGAUACUAACCGGCCCUUGUAA